AUGGAUAGCCGCGCACGGAUACGAGCGGCGCACGAGCAACACGUGACUGGGCACGCGGGCUGCCAGUGGUACGAGGUGCUACUCGCCCUGUACCCCGUCUUCCCUGCUACAAUCUUCCUUGCUACACUUGCCCCUUCCACGCACGAUCACAGGUUACUACAGGGAAGAACAGUGUUGGAAGUAUUGGUUGUGGUGGUACCAAUAGUGGCAGCGCAAACUUUCGCCAAUGAUCUUCUCGUAGCUCUGGCAGUCUUCCUCUCUCUCGCUGCCGCGGUGGCCUACACGUUUUCUACGUCGCCUGCAAAAAAUGUUGUGGUGGAGACGUCAGGUCGUGACGGCGUGACGCUGGUGCGCUCCAUCGUGGGCCUCUCCACGGCCGUCGCCAUCUUGGCCGUCGAUUUCCACGUGUUCCCACGUAGAUUCGCCAAAACUGAGGAGUUUGGAUGGAGUUUGAUGGACGUGGGAGCUGCAGGCUUCCUGCUCAUCAACGCGCUGGUGGACAUGCGGCCGAACGCCGUGCGCAGUGUGCGGACGGUGCUGCGCGAGACGUGCGUGUUGCUGGCGCUGGGAUGCGCACGGCUGCUGUCACUGCCAGCCAUAGACUACCAGCAGCACGCAUCAGAGUACGGCGUACACUGCAACUUCUUCUUCGUGCUCGCCUUCACUAAAAUUAUUUGUGGUCCGUGGUGCUGGUCUGUGAGUGCUGCAGGAGCUGCAGCCGCUGCUUGCUGCUGCACGGCACUGCAGCACUGCUGCACAGCUCUCCUGCAAGACUGGGUCUUCAGUUCUCAACUCAGGGACUCGCUUGUCUCCGGCAACCGUGAGGCUGUGGUGGGCGCCACAGGCUACGUCGCUCUCUACUGCUGGGGCGCUGCGCUCGGUAAGGUCGUCCUGCGUCAGAAGAGCGGAGGUACAGCGUACGAGCACAGCGCGCGCUCGCUGGCCCGCGGCUGUGCGGUGGCAGCGGCGGGGGCGGGCGCCGUACUGUGGCUCCUCGUAUCUGUGCUACGCCUGCAGCCUUCCAGACGUCUCGUAAACGCGCCCUUCAUCAUCUGGAUGGUGUUCGUGUUCCUGUUGUUCACUGGUCUGGCGAGCAGCGUUGAGGCGGCUCUUAAAGCUCGAGGUCACAACCGUGAAGUCGUACCACGGGUGCUGAGGGCUAUCAACAAACACCAGUUAUUGUUCUUCCUGGCCGCCAAUAUAAUGACGGGACUCAUCAACUUAUCAACAGACACCCUGUCUGUCCGUCCCCCCUGGGACCUCUUGAUAAUCUUCACCUACACCGCCUCCCUCUGCUGCGCUGUUAUGCUGCUGCAGGGCUACAUGACCGCUCAAAAAACAGCUUGACUGCUGGCAAAAGAAGAGAUUAGUAAUGUUAGAUUUUAGUCGUAUUGGCUACGUGAAAUAAGUGACCAAUUGGCGAAUUCGGUUGAUUCCAUAUCUGAUCUCAAAGCAGGGUUUUUUUUUCUUUAUGUAAAAGCCUGCUCUUCUCGUGGCGCGUCAAGGUAGAGCCAGUUUUUGUUAGAUUUGAAGUAGUUGUUAUAAGGUGGCUAAGCCAAUCGUAGUUUCUCCUAGUGCUUUCUUCCUAAGUUUUUUUUACGUAAUUAUUUGUCUUGUUCACGAGCAUGUCAUUGCAACACUUAACCCUCUACUGCCUGACAUGAGUAACCGGAGCAAUAUUGUCACACAAGCCUACCCAAAAGCUAGUGCUUCUGGGCUCACUAGCUAUCAUUGCUAGUGAGCGCAAAAUGACUUGCACUGAUGGUU